AAAGAGGGUCUUAUAACUUGUAACAGUGUGAGGAAUGGAAGAAGGGGGUCCUAGUAGAAUUUAUUAGCCUCUUGUUCCUGCUUCUCCCAAAUCUUAUUCUGUUCUGUUUCUCCACACAUUUCCCAUGUUGUUUUUCUGAAAUCUCAUGGCAUGCUUAGACAUGUACAACAACUCAGAGCACAAGGGUCAUCACCACCACCACCAGCAGUACCAAUAUCCAGUGAGCCCCAGAAUCUCUUUCGCAAACGAUUUUGUGGAUGCCAAGCAAGCCUCAAAGCAAGAAAGAAGCUUCAGAUCAGAUGCAUCAGUACCAGUGUCCUCUGACUUUGAGUUUUCUGUCUCAAACUACAACAUGAUGAGUGCUGAUGAGCUUUUCAGCAAGGGAAGGUUGUUGCCAUUCAAAGAUGGUGGUUGUAACAACCAGGUGCAGAGGCCCACCACCACUCUCAGGGAGGAGCUCAUGGUGGAUGAUGAUGAGUUUUCUCUCAGGCCACCAAAAGGUUCUUCUUCCACAAGGUGGAAGGGGUUUCUUGGUCUCAGAAAAAGCCACAUUGGCUCCAAGAAGGUUGAUAAGAGUGAAGGUUCUUCUAACAGAGGAGUUCAAGCAGCAAGGUCUGGUUUGAGCAACAUGACUUCACAGGAUCUGUUGAUUGAAGGAGGGUCAAGUUGCAGAGAUGUUGAGUUUGGGAUAUAGUAUUAUGGCUGAACAAGUUGUUGAAUUUGCAGAUGAAGGUGUUUUUGUUUUCUUCCCCUUAAUUUAUGGGGGGUGAUAGGGUGUUGGAAGAUGAAGGUCUUUUUUUGUUUCACUUUUUCUCCCGCAUUUUUUUCUCCUUCAGCGGGUUCAGUUAAACUCAAGGGAGUGUAUUUAUGUUGUGAAGCUUUAGCAUGUUGAUCAACUUUUGUUACUUCUGUUCUCUGAUUUCUUUUGAUCCUUCUAAGAAUUAGGAUUUGACUGUUGUUUUUUUUGUACAAAUGAUUUGCAGUGGAAUGGAAAAGGUCCCUUAAAGUGUC